UCUGUCGCUGAUCGCUUUGGGGUUUCCAUCAACACGGCGUGGCGUUGCACCAUGAAAGUGUGCCGCGCGCUGUGCGAAAGGUCGGGAGAUUAUAUAAGAUGGCCACAAGGACGUGAGCUGCGAAGAGUUCAAGAGGAAUUUGAGGAAAUCAGUGGGUUUCCUAAUGUCAUUGGGGCCAUUGAUGGAUGCCACAUUCAAAUUAGUGCUCCCUCAGAAAAUCCUGACAGCUAUUUUUGUCGAAAGAACUUUCAUUCUUUGUUGCUGCAAGGGAUUUGCGAUGCCAAUUUACGUUUUAUAAACAUUUAUGCUGGCAUUUGCGGAAGUGUUCAUGAUGCCCGUGUCUGGAACUUGAGCGACAUUAAAGAAGCCAUUGAAGUUGACAAGGAGCGUUACUUUCCUGGUGACAGUCACAUGCUCGGCGACUCGGCCUAUGGUGUCCAGUCUUUUUUAAUGGUCCCCUAUAAAGAUUACGGCAACAUGACGGCUGUACAAAGACAUUAUAAUACGGUUCUGUCGAAACAUCGAGUUGUCGUCGAAAGGGGAUAUGGUUUGCUGAAAGGUCGUUGUCGCAGAUUAAAAUAUUUAUAUUUGCAAAAGAUCAAAAAUGGAUCUUUGAUCAUUGCUGCGUGUUGUGUGCUGCACAACAUUUGUCUCGACCUAGAUGACGAAGUAAACGAGGAGAUUUUGAACGAACUCGACCCUAUUGAAGAAGAUGAUCUUGAUCCCCUUGAAAAUGAGAGAAUCAAUCUUCCUGCCCAAAUUAAGAGGGACGCUAUUGCCGAAAUGUUAUUCGAGACAAGAAGACGUUGAAAUUCUUUCCGGUAUCUUUCAAUAUGGGAUUGAGGGGUAAAGUGCGAAGUGGGGUAAAGUGAUAAACAAACAAUGCCUUACUUUAAUUAAAAAUAUUGAAACUGUUGUAUAACUUUUGUUGUGUGCUAAAACUAUUUUUUACAGUGAAAAACGUGUCUGCACAUUUACCUUUUUAAUUUAAGAAUGUAAAUAGAAAAUAAGUGGUUUUUAAAUGUUUUUGCAGAAUUUACUUUAUGUUGUAAGUUUAAAGUGUGUUUUAUUUUUAUUCUAAGUAAUUAGUUAUUAAUAUUUAUUAUUUAACGUUUGUUUAUCGGAAUGUAACAGGGUGUCUACUGGUUAUGGAAGUCCUGGAAAUAUCCUUGAAUUUUAAAAAUUGUCCUGAAGUUUAGUGAAAAGUUCUGGAAUUUUAAUUUUUGUUCCUGAAAAUUUUAAGUUUUAAAUAAUUUGGUUUGAAUUUUACAUUAUAUCAGGGAUCACAGGCUGACAUUUUAUCACCUUUUUUUUCUUUUUCAAAUUUGGUCACCUAUUUCACCUGUUUCAUUAAAUUGUCCCCUAUUUCACCUAUUUUGAGAAUUUUUUUAUCUGCUUUAUAUUUCUUCAAUUUUGAGUUUUAAUUUAUUACAAAUAAAA